AGACCAAAGGUGAAAUUCUGGUUAGAGCAGUUGUGAAGUGAUAAGGGAGCAACAUUCUAUCUGAGCCAGUUUCUCCAUGGUGUUAAAUACGUUCAUUUUCCCAGACAAUUCUGUUACCCUAUUAAUCUGGUACCUAUCAAACUAUGCCACGUUUUCUUAAAUAUGCUUUUAAGGGAAGAUUAAUAGUUUCUCCUCCCCUCUCAUGCAGUGAAGAUUUUUUUUGGAGUGAGAACAUACUACCUCUCCAGUGUAUUUACCAGAAUGUCUGGACUAAACGUCUCAAUCAUUUUUUUCUUCUCAGUUGUAACUCUUUGUGAAUUUGCUAGGCGAUUCUUCAAGAGAAUUUUUCCAUCUAAGGUGUAUUUUUGUCUUGCUGGUGAAUUAGCCAAUUCCUUCCAGCUAUGUGCUUGCUAUCUUGAAUUGAAGAUGCUAAGGGAGAUUGGCCCAUGGGGUGGUGGCUUUGGCCCAGAUGUGAGCCUGACUCUCUUAUUCGUUAUCUUCUUAGCUCAUGGCGCUUCUUUUGAUGGAACUGCUGCCAACCCUGUAGCCUCACUUCAGGAAUUUCUAGCUUUGGAUUGUUCUUUUGUAGGCAGCAUUGUUAAAAUUUUGGCUCAGUUUCUUGGGAUGGAAGCAGCUUGUGCUUUUACCAAGAAGUAUUGGUCCAAGGAAUUUACUCACUUCCAUAUGAUCCAGAACUUAAUGGCCCAGGAUUGCAGCUCAUCUCUCAAUAGCUCUAUUUCCCAGGGCAUUUUUGUAGAAGCCAUGGGUUCCUUUCUUUUACAGUUAAUUAUUCUCAAGCUUCACACCUGCUCUCCAAUGUACAGAGUUCCUAUUGUGGCCCUCAGUAUCACUGCCUUGACCUAUACAGCUGCACCUGUCACAGGUGCCUUUUUUAACCCUGCCUUGGCCUCUGCUAUGACCUUUUCCUGCUCAGGAAACAGUUUACUGGAGUAUAUGCAAGUUUAUUGGCUGGCACCCAUCUCAGGAAUGCUGUUAGCCCUCUUUGUCUAUCAAGGAAAUAUUCCACGCUUGUUCCAGACAAACCUGCUUUAUAGUCAAAAGAAAAAAUACAGAAUAUUUAAAGGGAAAGUAACGUCAAAUUCUGUUGCUGAAGAAAGGCAGACAAAAACAGAGAAGAAGAACAGCCGUUCUGGACUGAUUAACUGA